AUGCUCCUUGUCCAACCUAUCCAUAGACGAUACCUCUCUACAGCACCGCGGAAGACAAUUGCCCAAUUUCUAGAAUGGAAGCCCGAAUCCGAAGUUAAAGAUGUUGUCGUCAAUGGAUACGUCCGAUCUGUUCGGAACAUGAAGACGGAUCGAUUCGUCAACAUCGGCGAUGGUUCUUCGCGGUCGCCUAUCCAGGCACUGGUGUCGAGGAGCGACGACGAGAGGUGUGUUCCUCUCAGCUCUCCAAGUUUGGCCACUGUCUCGGAAGCUCUGAUUGCUCAUAAUUUCCCAGCGCAAACCUGCGAGUCGGUGCUGCAGUCCGCCUACGAGGUGUCUGGACUCCCUCCAAAACAGAUGACGUUCCCGAUCCAGAAGAAGUACCAAACACCUGACUACCUUCGCACCAUGCCCCAUCUUCGAACCAGGAUACCAUUGAAUGCCGCAAUCUUACGGUUGAGAUCAGAAGCCGUCGCAUUGUUGACUCAGUUCUUCGCCUCUCGAGACUUCACCCAAACUCAUCCGCCCAUCAUCACAUCUUCGGAUUGCGAAGGGGCAGGCGAGGUCUUCAACGUCGUUACGGGCUCGGCCAAGACACCAAAGAAGGGCGAGGACAAGGCAGCAAACAUGUUCUUUCGCUCGCCCAAAUACCUGACGGUAUCUACUCAGCUUCACCUUGAGGCCUUGGCCCAAUCUCUCGGGCACGUCUGGACACUAUCACCGACCUUUCGAGCAGAGCGGAGCGACACCUCAAGACACAUGAGCGAAUUUUAUAUGCUAGAGGCGGAGAUGAGCUUCGUCGACGAACUGGACGAAGUCACAAACCUUGUUGAAGAUAUGCUCCGCAGUUUGGCUACUGGGUUAUAUCAGACUCGCGCUGCGCAAGAACUGCGCCAACGACAAGCGCCUGGGAAGACCCGUACAGCAGAAGAUGACCUAGUUCCGAUAGAUGAAGUGGAGCAUCGUUGGAAAGGCAUGAUGCAGAACCCAGCUUCCAGAUGGCCACGCAUCACGUACGCCGAUGCAAUCAAAUUGCUCCAGGCAGAAGAACAUCGGUUCGAGAUCAAGCCUACAUGGGAAGGCGGCCUUCAUUCCGAGCAUGAAAAGUUCCUCGCCAAGACUCUCGGUGCCACCAGCGACUCCUCUGCCUAUUCUCCCGUCUUCGUUACCCACUACCCUCGGGCGAUCAAAGCAUUCUACAUGAGGAAAUCAGAUACCGCAACCCCCGGUCAUGAUCUGCCGGGUGACACAGUCGACUGCUUUGAUCUUCUGGUCCCCGACUUGUGCGAGAUCGCCGGCGGCUCCAUGCGUGAGCAUCGCUUGACGGACCUGUUGGAGACCAUGAAGGCUCGCGGCAUGGGCGGCAGCGAUCUCGAGUGGUAUGUUGACCUCCGUCGUUGGGGCUCUAAUCCACACGGCGGGUUUGGUCUGGGCUUCGACAGACUACUCAGUUAUCUUGUGGGAGUUCCUAAUGUGAGGGAUGUGGUGGCCUUUCCACGCUGGUUUGGCCGGUGCGACUGCUAA